AUGUUACUUUUUCCCUUGAAUAUUUAUAGAAAUCUGAACGAGCAAUGCUCUUUGAGAAGAUUAUAGAUUGACAUGUUAGAUCAUAAAUUAAAUUAAUUGAAUGAUGAUACUUGUGAAAUUACAAUUAAAAUGGAUAAAGAUAAUAUAUUAUAAAUAUAGAUGAGACCCAAAAUUGGUCCCUAUAAAUUGAAAAAUUACUUAUUUUUGUUAGAUUUUAGAAAAAAUUAUCCCAUCUCUCCUCCAAUUAUAACAAUUGGGUCUGAAACUUUACAUCCGAAUAUAGACAGAAAAAAUUAAAAAUUUUAUUUACGAUUAAUAGAAUAAUAGAAUUGGAAACCAAUAUAUGGAUUAUUUGAAAUCGUAGAAGAAAUGAAAAAAACACUAAUUCAUGUGGAUUUCACAAUAAUACCAAAUGAAACUAUCUGUCUUAAGAUGGCACAACAGAUUCUAAACUAAAAUCAAUUAGACAAUGAAUGUGAAAAUCAAAUUAAUAGUGAAUAUGAUAGCGAUUAGGAAACUUUUGAUUUUGAAAUUAGUAGAGCUUUCAAGAUGAAUUUUGAAAUUGUAGAUAGUUCUUAAUAUAACAUCUAAUUAUAAAGUGAUUCUUAACAUAUUUAUUAAAAUUUACCCGCAAUAAUUAAUUUAUAAAACACUUCGAAGCAUAAGUAAAAUGAUAAUAUGUUUUUUAUUAAAAUAAAAAGUUGA